AUGGCAACCCUGCAGCUCGAGCAGGCCACCACCAGCCAGGAGGACGACAUUAUGCAAUUUCUGUUGAGCGAUUUCCUGCACCGCGAGCCGCUAAACGAGGCGCUGGGGCUGUCAGCUGCCGGAUGCGCCCCGUUUUUCCGACAUCUGUUGCGGAAGGGGCUGAGGUCGGGGAAUAGUAUGGUGAUUAGGGACGACAAGGGACAGAUCAUUGCCACCCACGUUGCCUCUUUCCUCUACCGCCCCACCGGCUCGAACAACAACAAUAAUGAUGGGGAUAACUUCCAAAUCGAGGGCGAUAUCCAGAAAAUUGCCGGGCUGCUGGAUCGACUGGACGAGCAGUUGUUCUACAUCAUGAUCGUCUCCGUCUCGUCGAACCACCAGAGACAGGGCAUCGCCAAUAGGAUAAUGCGGAAUGCUGAGGAGCAGGCUAGGAGCAAGGGAUGUCAGGGGCUGCUCGCCGAGGCGACGGCGCACAAUUCGCAGAAGAUGUUCGAGAAGCUCGGAUAUGAGGUGAUCUACGAGCUGCAGCACAAGGACUACCUGGACGAGGCCGGCAAGCAGAUCAUCAAAUGCCACGACGCCACCGACCGCGCUCAGCUCGUCUUCAAGCGGUGCUCC